AUGAUGUUUCAACGUGCUGCCCCCGCUUUCCGCCAAAUCGCCCGCCCGGGCUAUGCUGCCCAGACCAUCGGACGCCGUAUGGAGUCCGCUAGUGCCCAGGCGCCAGACCCAAACCGAAAGGCGAAAUUGGUAUUUCGAUUUGGACCUAAGGACGUCCCCAUUGAGCUCUGGCCCAUGGCUGCGGUCGUUGGCGCUGGAAUUGUCGGAGCCGGAUUUGCCAUUUCUCGUCACUUCUACAAAGAUGAAGACCUGCGCCUUCACAAGACCCCCCUUUCUAAGUAA